AUGAACGAUGAAUUUUUGCCUCCAGUUGAUGAUGGCUUCGUGAAGAAAACUGCUUCGCCGGAGAAAUUCCAUCAAGGUCGCCACGCAGACAUUUUGAAAGCGCGAGAGAGUAAUCUAGCGCCAGUUGAGGUUCAUACAGUUGGGUCUAAUCAAUUCGGACAGUGUGGCAUUCUAAGGGAUGUUCGAAAAAUACCAGUUGACAACACUCUUGGCUCAAGUUUUCAAGAAAAUCAAAAGAAACUCGCUGAUAGCAAUCACGAAUGGCAUCAACAAUUUAAACUCGUCUCCGCCGAAGAUGUUCCAAGAGAGAUAGAAAAAUUCGAAAAUGCGUUUGGAGCAAGUGGCCGUAAAACAAAGCCUUAUCAGUUUACCAAUAUCGCGGCUGGGCGGCAAAAUAGCCUGGCGAUUGGAUGGCGAAGAGGAGUACAAGUUGGAAGAAGAGAUUGGAGAGUCUUCGCCUCUGGUCUUAAUCAUUUCAAUCAGCUUGGAAAGCAUGUGACCGUUUCAGCGCCACGUGAUAUGGACGGGAAUAUUCUCAAGAAUCAGUUCGACGAGCGAGGAUUCAGAAUAACAGGGGAGCAAGAAGAAGACGAAAUUCAAGAAGAAGUUCUCGCAGCUUUUCGCGAAAUAGAUUUUUCCUCUCUUGGAAUACCAAAUAUCUAUCGACCGAGCCACAUUUCAUCUGGCGGUGGCCAUUCUGCGGUCGUUUUCUGUCAUGAAGAGUACGAUCCCUUCGGCGAUCCACAAGAAAAUAUUUCCAGGGUCACGCAGUAUCCGAAUUUACUAGUUAUGCUAGGUAAUAACGAUUUUGGUCAAUGUGGACACGAGUUUCACAGCUUUCAACAAGUUAUUCAUACUCAAAAAUUCUUCAAUAAAAAGUUUGAAACAGUUUGGAACCCAGUAAAGGUCUUCUGUGGCGAGAACCACACCCUUGUCUUUUCGAAAAACGUGGCGACGAAGCCCGAGCUUGGUUGGCGCAUUUUCAGCUUUGGACUCAACGAGAGUGGGCAACUAGGCGUUGGCGAUUUCAGCGACAGACUUGCACCCUCGAUUGUUAAUGUACCGCCACUAACGCAGCUUUCGACGAGAGGAGAUUUCAAUUUAGGAGUCGAUUUGUUUGGGAACAUUUGGGGCUGGGGCGAGAACUCGGGAGGAAUUUUCGGAUCUUUCACCACCGACGGAGCUGUUACAAAACCGAUUUCACUUUCACUCGUCGCAAAGCAGCUUGACUCAAAGCCAAUUGGAAUCGCGGCUGGAACACAGGCGGCAAUUAUUCUAACGGCGAAAGGGAGCGUGUACACUUUUGGCACCGGCCUGCUUGGGCACUCGGGAGCAAUGACUGCGCAAACUUCUCCUUUGCCAGUGAAAAUUGACCAGCAGUUUUUUGGUCGAUCAAAGCCAGUGGCAGUUUUUGCCGGGGAUAAGACUUUCGGGGUUCUAACGGAGACAGGAGAGUUGUUUAAUUGGGGGCAAGGGAGGAGCAAUUGUAUUGGUAUUUAUCAGGAAGCGUCGGCGAAGCAAAACCAACCAUUUCCGUGGAAAGUAACGAGAGGUGUCGGUGAAAAGACGAUUCUUGACUUGUGUCUCGGAUAUGAUCAUAGUGUCGCGCUGGUUAUCCCCUGA